GGGGUUGUGCAGCAAAGGCGGCCACCGGAGCAGGAUGAAUUUCCCCAAAUGGGAGAACGAGAUGAGGAUGAAUAUGUUUUAGAAGAAGGAGAGUUCGUGGCAGGAGAAGGCAUAGGAAAGGAAGAGGAAGGAGAGGGAGAGGAAGGAGAGGGAGAGGAAGAGGAAGAGGAAGGAGUAGAAGAAGAAGAAGAAGAAGAAGAAGAGGAAGGAGAAGAAGAAGAAGAAAAAGAAGAAGAAGAAGAGGAAGAGGACGAGGAAGAAGAUCCAAUGGAGGAGGACGGCAGCUGGCAGAGAGAGUUCCUCAAGUCGAGGCCCGUUCGCAGCGACUUCAAGUACUUCUUUUGGGCCGUGUACGUCACAACUGGAUUAGCUUAUCUUCACGUCGAGACCAGCGGCAACGGUGUCUAUGCACGAAUCGGUGAAAUUUUAUUUGCAGCGCACGUGACGGAAAAAUAUCUCAUCGUGGAGUUGUGGGUCGUUAUCAAGGGCAAGCUCACUAAAUGUCUAUUGAAGGGGGAUAAAUUAAUGCCCAUGAAGAUGCCCAUCCAAAACAAGAAGUUGUUGGCAUUAAACAAGACUGGUUACAUGCUGUUCAUGGAAGGACUUUCUGAGUUCUUACGGGCAAAUUUGGACGAGAAACUUCUUCCUUUAAAGUAUGCAGAGGAAGCAGAAAAAUCACAAACUCCGACGACGACGACGACGACGGUCACGAAGGGUGGCUCGAGAGCGAGGUCGCAACGCCCCAAAGAUGUGAUUUCUCCUCAAACCAUUGUCAGGUCUUCCGAUAGUCUGGAAAGGGGAUCGAGCAUUAAGACGAUUCCCGGGAAGAUUCGCGGGAAGAAAAUAGUCACACCGGGUCCGCCUCGUUCGGAAGGGCAAGGGGAAGGGAAGGGAAGGGAAGAGGAACUCCAAGUACCCCAAGGUUUCGUGCCGAACGAGCGCACAGAAGAUUUGACAAAAACUUGGGAGGAGUUGAAGAGUUUGAAGGAGAAGAAACUUUCACACGAGUCCUUUUACCUGCCGAUGAAAUGUUUGAAGAGGCCACCCCUGGUGAAUGGGAAAAGACCAAUGGAGGUGAGAGAGAUGGACGAGGACCAUGUGAAGUCCAUCAUGGACUCCAUGUUGAAGCAGCCAACUGGAGAUCAUCUUCCCUUCGUGGGCCUCAUCGACCCUGCCCAGGCCGGGCGCAAAGAAGACGUGACCUUGACGAAACUGAGAGCCGGCGACUACGACAUUUUUGUGCUUGGUGGUGGCCAUAGUCGGGAAGCGAGGGAGCGGUUAGCACGCAUGAAACCCGACAACGAGGAGUACCAGUACAAUGUGUGCUAUAUUUACGUUGGCCUCACGAUCGAUGAGGCGAGGCAGGUUGCCCACAGGCAUAACCUUGCGGCGGGUUACCACAGGGACUUGAGCUUCAUCGAGAAGCUCAGGUGUUGGCGCCAAUGUGCUUUCAAACCCCAAGAGAUUUGGGAGCUCAUGUGUAAGAUCAUGAGCAUGUGGCAGAAGGGCGAGGUCAAAGGCCGAAAACUGACGCCGGCUGUGAGGAGUUUCUUGAAAGCGGACCAGGAUCUGGAAACGAGCGAGUCCGAGGGCGCGAAGAAAAGCCAGCGUGGGAAGAGGCUUGAUAGGGCGGCUGCGAAGGAACAAGAAAUGCCGCUUCUUUAUCCACGGGUGCAACUGCAGGGUAACAAGGUCCCCAAGGUCGCCGAGGACAUGCCAGCGCAACACUGGAUAGCCAUGGGUAGUAUGGCUCCAAAGAACGCCGUCCCUAUCCUCCUUGAGGUCAUUGCGAGGCAGAUCUCGCUCAAGGAGAUGGAGAAGAAGUUCCAACUUGUCAAGCAAAUCGCCUACGCCCGCAAGGCAUUCACAGUGGGGGUGGGCGCUGCUGACUUCAAGGACGCCGAGAAGGAGUAUCCUCUCCACACAAAGAAAGAGAUUUUGAAGAAGUUCGUUGGUGGCAUCAGAAGGGGUCAGACGAGUAUCCCCGCACUGGAUGGCCAUAUUAAAUGGGCCAUUGAAUGGAAGAACAAGGAGAGGAGACUGCAAGCGAAAAACGCUAUUCACACGUUCCGUACGAAACCUCUCGUGGAACGGUUCGUUGAGUGGACGGAGGUGAUACACGACAACGACUCGACGGAAGUGAAAAUUAUCAAUGGCGACGUGCGCUUGUUGUCGAAGCUGCAGACAGAAAAGCUGCCGAUAUCUCUGGCUAUUUUCGACUUCCCUUACGGGUUCGCGCACGAGGGCCAUACAUCUGAUAAUGAGCCGUUUCCAGAGUCAGACGUUGUGGAGGUUCUUCACAAUUUGAAGGACGUUUUCAGUGCCCCGUUGUGGACAGUUGCGGGAUUCUGUUCCGUGGACAUGCUUCCUUCCAUCCGUUCCACUUUCUGGGAGGCUUGCAAUGCAGGGCAGGAGCUUUUGACGUGGUGCAAGCCUAAUGUGAUGAAUCCGGGUGGGCCGCGGCUUGUGAGUGCGACCGAAUUCUGCGUGCUCGGCUACUACAGUGAGAGUGGGCAGCGCGAGAUGGCGCAUUACAAUUUUGAUCCCACUGAUAUGCGUCACAAUUUCCAGCUCUUCAAUGCUAUGACGCAGAAGUACCAGCACCCUGGUGGCGGUGUUCUUUGCCCGUACCAGAAGUCGUAUACUUUGUACUCCUGGCUUGUGAACAAAUUCUCUCCCGCAGGGGCCUGCGUUCUGGAUGGUUUCUCCGGUUCCGGCACAGGCGCCAUAGCGUGCGUCAAGGCAAAUCGGAAUUGCCUUGUGGUUGAGAUAAACACUAAGUGCGCUAAGGGCAUCGCCACGAGGCUUCUGACACACAUCGGCGGCACACUUGCGUGCGAAACGCCAAAGCGGAAAGAAAAGGUCGCACAAGGCAGCACGACCUCUAAUGUGUCUGGGGAUACGAAGUCUGUCGGAAAUGAACUCGUGCCCGACGAAAACACGGGCACUGCUGCAGGAGUGACGGACAUCGCUGAGGCUGUCGUUGUCGGGCCGUCAGGUGCGAGUUUGCCCACUGCCGAGGCUGCUGCCGGCCCGCGGUGUGGAGCAAACUGUUACCGGUGCUGAGCCCGCUUUCGUUGUGUCUCUUCCCGGUGAGGGUAGACCCGUGCCUGCUUCCAUGCCUGAGCCCAGCGUUGUUC